UCUUUCUGUCCCAGAAUGCCCUUCGCCUGGCUUUUUCUCAAAAUCUGUUUCUGGCUGUGCUCCCAGAUCCUGUCCCUGAGUCUCUCUCCAUUUUACAGUCUGCAGUUCGGCUCCCUCGCUGUCGCUAGGUCAGAAGAAUACUCAACUCAGGUGGCAGUGCCAGGAUGUCCGACACAGCGCCACUCUGUGAUGUUGUCGGUUCUGGCACAGAGGUCGCCGCUUUUGGCUAAAAUGAGGGUUCUAGGAGCCAUCGGCGUAAGAGCAGCCCACAGCCACGGGGACCACGAUGCAGUACCAUAUUACACCAAGCCGGCAUAUUUUGACCACCGGACUCUUCCUCUGCCUGACAUCCCCUUUCAUGAUGGUCUGAGCUCCCAGGAAACUGCGCUUAAGGAAAAGGAGAAAGGACCUUGGACGCAGCUGAGUGCAGAGGACAAGAUAUCACUUUACCGUAUCAAGUUUAACCAGACAUAUGCAGAGAUGAAUAAACCGACCAAUGAGUGGAAAACUGUGAUUGGUGGCAUCCUCUUCUUGUUUGGCGUAACAGGACUCAUAGUGUGGUGGCAGAAAGUACAUGUCUUCCCUCCUCUCCCGCACACCCUCCAGGAGGAGUGGAUACAGAUGCAGAUUCGAAGGAUGCUGGACAUGCGCGUGGGGCCCAUUGAAGGCUUCUCCUCCAACUGGGACUAUGAGAAGAAUGAGUGGAAGAAAUGAACCGUGAUCUUCGAAGGAACUAGAUCCGAGCCAGCACAAACUCUCCAUAUAGAACCUAACCGCAAUGUGUCCAUGUACUAACUAGUUCAACAAUAGUCCGUUAUUAAACUCUUGUCAAUGAAUCCACGUAA